AUGAUCACUCGAUCUCUAUCCAAGGCCGAUCUGGUUAAAGCUCUCACUCGAGCAGGAAACACUCUUUUGGAUCACGGAGCAGUUAUUGAAAAAGUGGAAUCGCUGGGACAUCGCGAUCUACCUUAUAAACGACUGGCAAAACAAACGAACGAACCAGUUUAUGCUUCAAACUUCUUCCUCUUCAAAGCACAUAUGUCACGAGAAGCAAGACAAAAAACGAAGUCAAUUUUGACACAUGAUUUAGAUACCGUGCAAGUUGACCUAAUCCAGGUGGAUACAUUGCCGGCACUAAAAGUCGAGUGUAAUCUGGAAGAAAUCCUGAAGGCACCGGCAGAGAGACAAGCUGUCAGUGAUCUACGCGAAAACCAAAAGAUGGGACAUUUCACUCGCCAGAUGAUCUACAAGCGUACCGAAAAAGAGUGGAAAAGUAUUCCAAAGAGUUAUCCUAUCGCACCACCAAGACCAUAG